GCGUGGGAGAAUGCGGCCAAAGAAGCGGAGGCGUACAGAAUUGGAAAUGUUGAAAGCAAAGCCGCCCUGCAGCUGUUGACCGCCGUGGAUGGCCCAGUCUUCGAGAAGCUGAGCGACAUGGUGAGGACCUACGGGAUGAACAAGAUACUCAAUCACGAGCCCAUCGCUGACGGGCUCUUCAACAGAGAGUACUGCGCGGCCAGCGGGCAGUUGAAGCCAUGGGCUGAGAUCUUGAGCAAUACACCACAGUCACUCGAGCUGACGCUGCAUCGAAUGGAAGAAGACUACAAGAACCUGCACGUGAAGAUGCGGAAACCCUUUGGCUCAAAGGACGUGGAAGCUCAUCCUGUUCUGAGUAAGUUUCAGUGUCGCGAUACAUUAGGCUUGUCGUCUGGCCUUUAA